AUGUAUCAAAAAUUUUUCAAUAAAUUAAAUUUCACAAAAAAUGCAAGAAGUAAUUUUUUUUUUAAAAGAAAAUUUACUGAAGCAAAAAAGAACAUUGAAGUUAAAUAUGUGAAAGAAAAUAAAAAGAAAUAUAUAUUUUAUACAACUGUUACCUCAAUAUCUUUAUCAGUAUUACUCACAUAUGUAUAUGAAAAAUAUGUUCUUUAUAAAUGGAAUUAUAAGUAUGAUUAUUAUUAUAAUCCAAACUUAAAAAGUAUUGAAAAGAAGGAAAAGGGAAAAAAUGAAGGCAAAAAAGAUAAAACUGUAUUGAAAAAUAUUAUAUUAGUUAGACAUGGUCAAUAUGAAAGGAAAUAUAAAGAUAAUGAAGAAUCAAAACGCUUAACUAAAGAAGGAUGCAAUCAAGCUGAAAUAACAGGAAAAAAAUUAAAAGAUAUAUUAAAUAAUAAAAAAAUUAGUACUAUUUAUCAUUCAAAUAUGAUAAGAGCUAAAGAAACAGCACAAAUAAUAAGUAAAUAUUUUCCUGAUGCAAAAUUAAUAAAUGAUCCUAACUUAAAUGAAGGUACUCCUUAUUUACCUGAUCCUAUUCCUAAAAACUCUAUAUUUGAUGCACAAAAAAUUAAAGAAGAUAAUAAAAGAAUAAAUAAGGCUUACGAAACUUAUUUUUACCAACCUAGUGGUGAUGAAGAUGAGUAUCAAUUAGUAAUUUGUCAUGGAAAUGUUAUAAGAUAUUUUUUAUGUAGAGCCUUACAACUACCAUUAUUUGCUUGGUUAAGAUUUUCAAGUUAUAAUUGUGGUAUUACUUGGCUAGUUUUAGAUGAAGAAGGAUCUGUUAUAUUAAGAGAAUUUGGUUCUGUUUCUCACCUCCCUUUUGAAAGUGUUACUUAUUUUUAA